GGCAGGAGAGGCGAAAGAGGCGGCCGCCGGGGUCACGUGGCGGGGGCGGCCUGAGGCCGGCCUGGCCCCGCCCUCUCCCGGGUCACGUGAUGGGGCGGGCGCCGCUGGGUAGUUGUCAGUGUGGUGGAGACUCAGAGUUCUACCUUGUAAAUACUGUUAUUUGUAUAUACUGUAAAUGAUGACAUCGGUGGGCACUAACCGAGCCCGGGGGAACUGGGAGCAGACACAGACACAGAGCCAGACACAGCACAAGCAGCGGCCACAGGCCACUGCAGAACAGAUUCGACUUGCACAGAUGAUUUCGGACCACAACGAUGCUGACUUUGAGGAGAAGGUGAAACAACUGAUUGAUAUCACGGGCAAGAACCAAGAUGAGUGUGUGAUUGCGCUGCACGACUGUAACGGGGAUGUCAACAGAGCCAUCAACGUGCUGCUGGAGGGGAAUCCGGACACGCAUUCCUGGGAAAUGGUUGGGAAGAAGAAAGGAGUCUCGGGGCAGAAGGACAGUGGGCAGACAGAACCCAGCGAAGAAGGCAAAGAGAACCGGGACAGGGAUCGGGAUUACAGCCGGCGACGUGGCGGGCCACCGAGACGAGGCCGAGGCACCAGCCGUGGAAGAGAGUGUAUGAGCCUGCCCUUUAAUAGCAACUAUAACUAUCAUGUUCGGGGCCAGGAGAAUGGACUGGAUGGUGGUAAGAGUGGAGGCUCCUCUGGAAGAGGCACAGAGAGAGGGAGACGGGGCCGCGGACGAGGCAGAGGUGGCUCUGGAAGGCGGGGGGGAAGAUUUUCUGCCCAGGGAAUGGGAACUUUCAACCCAGCUGAUUAUGCAGAGCCAGCUGGCACGGAGGAGAACUAUGGGAAUAGCAACAACACAUGGAACAGUACUGGUAGCUUUGAGCCCGACGAUGGGACAAGUGCAUGGAGGACAGCGACGGAGGAAUGGGGAACAGAGGACUGGAAUGAAGAUCUUUCAGAGACCAAGAUCUUCACUGCCUCCAAUGUGUCUUCAGUGCCUCUGCCUGCAGAGAAUGUGACAAUCACAGCUGGCCAGAGAAUUGACCUUGCGGUGCUGUUAGGAAAGACACCCUCUUCUCUGGAGAAUGAGUCAUCAAACCUGGAUUCAACCCAGGCCCCUUCUCUUGCCCAGCCGCUGGUGUUCAGCAAUUCCAAGCAGACAGCUAUAUCCCAGCCUGCAACUGGUAACGCCUUCCCUCAUCACAGCAUGGUGAGCAUGCUGGGGAAGGGGUUUGGAGAUGUCGGAGAGGCCAAAAGCAGCAGCACCACAGGCUCUCAAUUCCUGGAGCAGUUCAAGACAGCUCAGGCUCUGGCUCAGCUGGCUGCUCAGCACACCCAGCCUGGCGGGAGCAACACCUCCUCCUCCUGGGACAUGGGAUCCCCAGCCCAGUCCUCGGCUCUCGUGCAGUAUGAUCUAAAGAACCCAACGGACUCAUCAGUUCACAGCCCCUUCACCAAGCGUCAGGCUUUCACGCCAGCCUCAGCGAUGAUGGAGGUGUUCAUGCAGGAGAAGCAGCCUGUGGUGACAGCCUCUACAACGGCACCGCCCCCCCCAUCUUCCCCUCUGCCCAGCAAAACCAACCCCAUUCCCCAGAUGUCCCCAGGGUCAUCGGACAACCAGUCCUCCAGUCCCCAGCCAGUGCAGCAGAAGCUCAAGCAGCAGAAGAAGAAAGCCUCCUUGACAUCUAAGAUUCCUGCUCUCGCGGUGGAAAUGCCUGGCUCAGCAGAUAUCUCAGGGCUAAACCUGCAGUUUGGGGCAUUACAGUUUGGUUCGGAGCCUGUUCUCUCGGAGUACGAAUCAACGCCCACGACGAGCGCCUCUGUGAGCCAGUCUCAAAGCAGCCUCUACGCCAGCACUGCGAGUGAAUCUUCGUCCAGUCAAAGCCAGGAGUCUGGUUACCAGGGCGGCACAAUACAGACAGCAACGUAUACCUCCCAGAACAGCGCUCAGGGACCACUGUAUGAACAGAGAUCCACCCAGACCAGGCGAUACCCAAACUCCAUCUCCUCCUCGCCCCAGAAAGACCUGACCCAGGCCAAGAAUGGGUUCAGCUCUCUGCAGCCCACGCAGUUACAAACCACGCAAGCCGUCGAAGGUGCUCCAGGCCCUGUGGUGAAAUCAGAUUCCCCCUCUGCCCCCAAUAUCCCACCUCUGAACGAUGCAGUAUCAGCAUCAUCCCUGCUGACAACAGCCAGCCAGCACUCAUCAGCUCUGAGUAGCCUGAACCAUGCUGAGGAGCUCCCCAGUACGACCACCGCCCAACUCAGCAGCACGUUACCCACCCAGCAGAACAGCCUCUCCUCGUCUACAUCCUCUGGGCGCACAUCAACGUCAACUCUUCUGCACACUAGUGUGGAGAGUGAAGCAAGCCUCCAUUCUUCUGCUAGCACUUUUUCCACCUCCUCCAGCACAGUCUCGGCUGCCCCACCUGUGGUCAGCGUCUCCUCCAGUCUGAGCAGCGUCAGCAGCCUGGGCCUGAGUCUCAGCAGCAACUCCACAGUGACAGCCUCCACUCGCAGCUCUGUGGCCACAACAUCAGGAAAAGCCCCUCCCAACCUCCCUCCUGGAGUUCCACCAUUGUUGCCUAAUCCGUACAUCAUGGCUCCAGGGCUCUUACAUGCCUAUCCGCCACAAGUGUAUGGUUAUGACGACUUGCAGAUGCUUCAGACGAGAUUCCCAUUGGAUUAUUACAGCAUCCCAUUCCCUACCCCCACCACCCCGCUGACUGGAAGAGACGGCAGCCUGAGCAGCAAUCCGUAUUCUGGUGACCUCACGAAGUUCGGCCGUGGCGACGCCUCCUCCCCUGCUCCAGCAACAACUUUGGCACAGCCUCAGCAGAGCCAGACGCAGACGCACCAUACCACGCAGCAGACGUUCCUGAACCCAGCUCUGCCUCCUGGCUACAGUUACACCAGUCUGCCAUACUACACAGGGGUACCAGGGCUCCCCAGCACCUUCCAGUAUGGGCCCGCCGUGUUCCCUGUCGCUCCUACCUCUUCCAAGCAGCAUGGUGUGAAUGUCAGCGUCAACGCAUCAGCAACCCCUUUCCAGCAGCCCAGCGGCUAUGGCUCUCAUGGAUACAGCACUGGUGUAUCAGUGACAUCCAGUAACACGGGAGUGCCAGACAUCUCGGGCUCAGUCUACUCCAAGACCCAGCAGUCCUUCGAGAAGCAGGGAUUUCACACUGGAACCCCGGCAGCCUCGUUCAACUUGCCUUCAGCACUAGGCAGCGGUGGCCCCCUCAACCCCGCGACAGCCGCAGCAUACCCACCGGCGCCGUUCAUGCACAUCCUCACCCCGCAUCAGCAGCCCCACUCGCAGAUCCUCCACCACCAUCUGCAGCAGGACGGCCAGCUUCCAUAUUUGCAGAUGAUACUGUGCUGCCAACGCCAGCAGGAGGACCAGAGCGGCACCGGACAGCGCAGCCAGGGCAGCUCCAUCCCCCAGAAAUCCCAGGCCAACAAGUCCACCUACAACAGCUACAACUGGGGCCCAACUGAGGCUGCAGCGGCCCUGCGCCCCUCGCCACUUGCUUCUGGAGGAGAAACGUACCGAAAACGAUGACAACGGAACUGGGGAGGAGAGCGCCCCCUAUCCCCCGGCACAGCGCCAGCAGCCCCCGGGGCAGGCCGGCCACGGGGCUCUGCAUUGUGUCUGUUUUCAGCCACCUUUCCUGUUGUAUGUAAUAUAGAAUUUGUAUUUUCUCUCUCUUUUCUCUCUCUCUCUGCGUUCAGACUCUGAACCGUUUGCCGUAGGGGCCUUUUUUGGUUUUUACUCCUUUCUCUCCCCCCUUCUCCCCACAUCCUGCUGCCCCCUGGCCCCGGUGGACCCAAAGGAGUGGAAAGCUGCAAGUCCACCUACAGCAAACCCCCUUUACUAUUAGGAAUAAGAACAGUCAUUGAUAUGAACAGCAUUGUCCAAUGAAUUAGUUGAAGUGUUUUUUGUACUGUGUUCUAAAUUUAAUGGAUAAAUGUGUCUUGUAUAUAAAAACGAAAACCCCA